GAAAUAUCCGUUGAGCCCAUCAAGAGGUCAAUCGGGAGGCACUCGUUUUCUCAUUUCACCCACUUCGCAUCUACAUCUAAUCCACCAAAAUGGGAGCUACUCGCGCUGAGAAGGAGAAGUACUUCGCCAAGCUCCGUGAGCUUUUGGAGACUUACCCCUCCAUCUUCGUUGUCAAUGUCGACAACGUCGGCUCGAACCAGAUGCAUCAGAUCCGUGUUGCCCUUCGUGGCCUCGGUGUUGUGCUGAUGGGCAAGAACACUAUGGUUCGCCGUGCUCUGCGUUCCAUUCUGUCGGAGAUGCCCCACUACGAGCGUCUCCUCCCCCACGUCAGGGGCAACGUUGGCUUCGUCUUCACCUCCGGCGACCUUAAGGACGUCCGCCAGGCUAUCACCGCCAACCGUGUCCGCGCCCCUGCCCGUGCUGGUGCUCUUGCCCCGGUCGAUGUCAUCGUUCCUGCUGGCAACACCGGUAUGGAGCCUGGCAAGACCUCUUUCUUCCAGGCCCUGCAGAUCCCUACGAAGAUCGCUCGUGGUACCAUCGAAAUCGUCGCCGAUAUCAAGGUCGUCGUCGCCGGAACGCGUGUCGGUUCAUCCGAGGCUACCCUGCUCAACAUGUUGAACAUCUCUCCGUUCACAUACGGUAUGACCGUCCUACAGAUCUACGAUCAGGGCACGUGCUUCCACCCCGACGUUCUCGACAUUGACGAGAAGGACCUGAUCGACAAGUUCCUCUCUGGGAUCAAGACGAUCGCCUCCCUCUCGCUCGCCCUCCACUACCCAACCAUAGUCUCAAUCAUGCACUCCGUGGUCAGCUCGUACAAGAACCUCCUUGCCGUCUCCCUGGCUACGGACUACACGUUCGAGGGCUCCGCUAAGGUCAAGGAAUACCUGGAGAACCCAGAGGCGUUCGCAGUUGCCGCCCCGGUGGCCGCUGCCGAAGAGGUGGCUGCCCCGGCCGCUGCCGCCGAGGAGGAAGCUGCGCCUGCUGCCGAGGCUGAGGAGUCUGAUGACGAUAUGGGCUUCGGUCUCUUCGACUGAGCGCGGGUACCUUACGCUCUGUUCCAUAUAUGACUUUAAUGGCAUGUUGUGGAAAUCCAUCCUUGGACUGUUUCGAGCUGUUGAGUUUCGAGAUUCGAGAUGUGAACAAAUCAUGCAUCAUUUCUACAAACACACAAUCGCCACCCGUAUGCAUACUGUCA